AAGGAGCUGCCGGGCCGCCCCCUCCCCAGCUUCAAAAUCGGUGCGAGCAGAGAAGCGGCUGCAGACGCGCCCCGGCCCGCGUCCCCGCCCGCGCCAGCCCCUGUGCCACCCCCUGCGCCACCCGGCACCCGCGCCACCCGCCCGCAUGUCCUCCGCGCACUUCAACCGGGGCCCGGCCUACGGGCUGUCAGCCGAGGUCAAGAACAAGCUGGCCCAGAAGUAUGACCACCAGCGGGAGCAGGAGCUGCGCGAGUGGAUCGAGGGGGUGACCGGGCGUCGCAUCGGCAGCCGCUUCAUGGACGGCCUCAAAGACGGGAUCAUCCUUUGCGAAUUCAUCAACAAACUCCAGCCGGGCUCUGUGAAGAAGAUCAAUGAGUCCACGCAGAACUGGCACCAACUGGAGAACAUCGGCAAUUUCAUCAAAGCGGUCACCAAGUAUGGGGUGAAGCCCCACGACAUCUUCGAGGCCAAUGAUCUGUUUGAGAACACAAACCACACGCAGGUGCAGUCCACGCUCCUGGCGCUGGCCAGCAUGGCCAAGACUAAAGGGAACAAGGUGAAUGUGGGGGUCAAGUACGCAGAAAAGCAGGAGCGCAAGUUCGAGCCGGAGAAGCUCAGACAAGGGAGGAACAUCAUUGGGCUGCAGAUGGGCACCAACAAGUUCGCCAGCCAGCAGGGAAUGACGGCUUAUGGCACCCGACGCCACCUCUACGACCCCAAGCUGGGCACAGACCAGCCGCUAGACCAGGCCACCAUCAGUUUGCAGAUGGGCACCAACAAGGGAGCCAGCCAGGCGGGCAUGACAGCGCCGGGCACCAAGCGACAGAUCUUCGAGCCCUCGCUGGGCAUGGAGCACUGUGACACCCUCAACGUCAGUCUGCAAAUGGGCAGCAACAAGGGCGCCUCGCAGCGGGGCAUGACGGUAUACGGGCUCCCGCGGCAGGUCUAUGACCCCAAGUACUGCCUGAGCCCCGAGCUGGAGGAGUUGGGGGAGCCUGCGCACAACCACCACCCACACAACUACUACAACUCAGCCUAGGGGCCCGCCCCGCUCCCCCCUCCGCGGGGGAGGCUGCCUGCUGCUCUGGGCGCCCCCCACGGGGCGGCCCACCCCUCCCUCUGCAUGGUAUCCUCCGGCCCCCACGCCCCGACGCCGCUGCCUCCUGCGCUAGCAUUUGGGGAAAGCCGAUUAAGAGAGUCGUGUUGGGGGGCCCGCUCCCCCAUGGAGGGGCCAACUUCGGGCCGGCAGCUCCGGAUAGCAGCUCGAGGUCGCAAUGAGCAAAAGUAGCCCAGCUGUGACCCAACCCCAGGAUAAGCCUCUCGGGGCCCCGCCACUCGGAAACCCCCACGCUUCCGUUCUGGAGCGGGCUGCACGCUAGGGUGGUCCACACGCGGUUAGGUUGGCUGGCAGAAUGAGGGUGCAGCGUCGGGAAAACGAGCACUUUUUCUCUCUUCGA